GGCUAGUGCGCACGCAGCUUCAUCCCCUUCCCCGCCUUUCUCUUCCCGAUUCUCUGUCAGCCUGCGGGUCGGGUCUGGCGGCUGCUUCCGGUGGGAGUGCGGUGCAGGGCGAGUCGGUCUCCGCUCCUCGUCAUGUCCUACGGUCCCUUAGACAUGUACCGGAACCCGGGGGCCUCGGGGCCCCCGCUCCGGGACUUCAACAGCAUCAUCCAAACGUGCAGUGGCAACAUCCAGCGGAUCAGCCAAGCCACUGCUCAGAUAAAGAAUUUGAUGAGCCAACUAGGAACUAAGCAGGAUUCAAGCAGGCUACAGGAAAAUCUGCAGCAGUUACAACACUCUACAAAUCAGCUUGCCAAGGAAACAAAUGAAUUACUGAAGGAAUUAGGGUCCUUGCCCCUUCCUUUAUCUACUUCAGAACAGCGCCAGCAGAAACUUCAGAAGGAACGUCUCAUGAAUGACUUCUCCGUGGCCUUAAACAAUUUCCAGGCUGUGCAGAGAAGGGUAUCUGAAAAGGAAAAGGAGAGUAUUGCCAGAGCAAGAGCUGGAUCUCGUCUUUCUGCGGAGGAGAGGCAACGAGAGGAACAGCUGGUCUCAUUUGACAGCCAUGAGGAGUGGAACCAGAUGCAGAGCCAGGAGGAUGAGGUGGCCAUCACGGAACAGGAUCUGGAACUUAUUAAAGAGAGGGAAACGGCAAUUCGGCAGCUGGAGGCUGACAUUUUGGAUGUCAAUCAGAUAUUUAAAGAUUUGGCCAUGAUGAUCCAUGAUCAAGGUGAUCUAAUUGACAGCAUAGAAGCCAAUGUGGAAAGCUCAGAGGUGCAUGUAGAAAGAGCCACUGAUCAAUUACAGCGAGCCGCUUACUAUCAGAAGAAAUCUCGGAAGAAGAUCUGUAUCCUGGUGCUUGUCCUGUCAGUGAUUAUUGUAAUCUUGGGACUUACUUUGUGGCUAGUUAAUAAAUGAAGUCAUUGCCUCAGAGCCUUCUCCCGCUGAGCUGUUUUCCAGGGCAAGUGCUUAUUGGAAUCUUGCCAGAACAAACUGAUCACAAGAAGAGAGAAUACACCAGAACGUCCUGUAACAAUUUAGUUAGAAACUAACUACUAACUAGUCCUUGGAAUUAGUGACCUGUGGGGACAGUAUUUAUCAAUUUAUGUAUACAUUUUAUUGAUUUCUCAAAUUAAGAAUUAAUUUAUGUGGAUUUUGCUUCCUCUUGUAUUCUGAUUGCCUUCAUCCCAAGUGUUUAUUGAAAAUUCCAUUCUAGAUAUUCUUGUUUUGGCAGGUGACACUACAGUCUUGUAAUACUGUCUUUUUAUGUGUAUACAGGAUUUACCUUUUUACUAGCAACUGAGAUAGAAUGACUUUCUGGCACCCAGCACAUUGGAGUUUGUCAGAAACUGUAUAAUAAGCCAGCAAUUUUUAUUAUUUAACAUUUUAAUUUGAAUUUCUAGGAAGCCUGUUCCCUAUCUACUUUGAAAGAUUUUGGCAAUGUAUUUAACUAGAGAGUAUAAAACUGCACAUGUGAUUCAGAUUAAAUGCGAAGUAACCAUGUGAGCUGGCCAGUUGUUAGCAUACAUGUUAAUCUGGCUUUAAAGUUUAUUAUCUGCUAGUGUCAUCUACCGCAGUUCAUCUAUAUAGACACUAAACCAUCUUGUUUACCUUUUGAAGAGGUUAAUUUAAUUAACAUUACUCUACUCUGUGGGGUCCCUCUCCCACAUACCUGUAUAGAAGGGGAGAAUUAGACAAAGCAUGCUUUUGGGAAGCAAAUAGAAAUUGUUUGGAAUGAUUUAAUCUUUUUGAUGUUGUUGCUCAGUUAUGGUUCUACAUUCCUGCUGAAUGAUGAAUGUUGCUGUCAAAGGCUGCCCCCUAUCCUAAUAAAGGUUGCUGGGCAUUUGAUGGCAGGAAGAUUUUAAAAGCUAGACUGAAGUUGGUUUAAAAUUUAGUCCUGUGAACCUGGCAAUAAAGCAAAGCAGAGGUUCUUUUUUGUAAAUAAUACUUGUUUGAAAUAGUGAUGUUAGACGUACCCUAAUUUAUGAAUAAGAGAUUAAUCUCUUCACACAUAGUUUUAGACAAAAAAUGUUUCAAUAAAAGGUUGUUGUCUUGUAAUAUAAAUGUUGUCCACUCCCCUUUUUCACAGGUGUAGAGGAGUUAAAGGGAAUGUAAUUUCUUUACGCUCUCAUAUAAACGUGAAUUGGGCCAGCAAUUUCAGUUCAUCCUUCAGUGAAUUAGAGGAUUUGGCUACCCUGGAUAUAUUUAUAUUUAUUUCUUCCACUCCUUUUAACGUUACUUAAUCUCCUUUUACUAAACUAAUGUGAACAGCAGGGAAACAAGGACUAAAUGCAUAAGUUUCUUUGCACUCUUGCAUCAUUCCACCCACUUAAUACAAAUAAACAUUUUAAAAGCU